AUGAAUGAAAAUGCUGACACUCGUCAUGAUGCCAAUUCAAUUAAGAAAAAGUUAAUAAAAUUAGAAAUAGCUUUUAUGACUAUUUUUUGGAAACGUGUUUUAGGCAGAUUCAAUGCUACGAGUGUUUAUUUACAAAGAAUUGAAAUUGAUAUGGUUACUGGUAAUAGUAUGCUACAAUCGUUGAUAACAUUUGUUGAUGAACUCAGAAAUGAUUUUGACGCGAUUGAAGAUGAAGCAAAAAUAUUGAGUAUCUCAGUUAAUAAAGAAUGGUCUAAUGGAGGAAAAAACAAACGUAAAAUUAUUAAAAAAUAUUCGGAUGGUACUACAGGUCAUGAGAGUUUAAAAGGUAGAGAUACGUUUAGAGUCAACACUUUUUUUGUUAUCAUUGAUAAAUUGCAAACCGAAUUAAAAAAACGUAGCUCAGCUUAUGACAAUAUAACAAACCUUUUUGGAUUUUUGACUCGCUUGGACGUGAUUGAUGAUAAUUUAUUGAAAAAAUCCGUAAAUAAUUUAGUCAAAGUUUACUCUCGUGAUUUAGAAGAAAGUCUAUACGACGAAUUGAAACAAUUCAUUGGUAUGGUUAAAGUCAAGGAAGAUAAUAAAUUAAUAAAAAACCCAAUUAACAUGUUACAAAUGAUUGUUGAAGAUAAUCUCUCGGGCGUUUUUCCACAUAUUUAUGUAGCGUUCCGAAUUUUUUUAAGUAUACCAGUUACUAACUGUGAAAGUGAACGAUCUUUUUCUGCACUAACAAUAAUUAAAAAUAAAUAUCGUUGUAUGAUGGGUGAAUCAAGACUGACAUCUCUAUCAAUUCUUUCAAUAGAGUGUGAAUUGACUAUGAAUAUUUCAUUUGAAAAUAUUAUAAGACAAUUUGCCCAGGAAAAAUCCAGGAAAAAGUUUUUCAAACAUAAUAUUAUAUAA